CGGGCGACGGGUGGCGCGAGUGAUGGAGCGGGAGGACAGCGUGGUAGCGGCGCCGGACGAGGGGGAACCCGAGGGGAAGAGGCAGCGGCAGCUUCUGUGCGAGGACUUCGCCUCGGUGGCGCGCUGCGACGCCGGCGUGGCCCAGUGCUACCUGGCCGAGAACGACUGGGAGAUGGAAAGAGCGCUGAACUCCUACUUCGAGCCGCCGGUGGAGGAGAGCGCCGAGGAGGGCCGCCCCGGGGAGGCGUCGCCGCCCGCGGCCUGUGUUGACCUAACCAGUGAAGAAACAACUGAUUCCACUAGUUCAAAAAUCAACCCAUCUGAAAAUACUCAGCAAGAAGAUGGCAGCAUGUUCUCUCUCAUUACGUGGAAUAUUGAUGGAUUGGAUCUAAACAGUCUGCAGGAGAGGGCUCGUGGGGUGUGUUCCUACUUAACUUUGUACAGCCCAGAUGUAAUAUUUCUACAGGAAGUUAUUCCCCCAUAUUAUAGCUAUCUAAAGAAGAGAGCAAGGAGUUACAAAAUUAUUACAGGUCAUGAAGAGGGAUAUUUCACAGCUAUAAUGUUGAAGAAAUCAAGAGUGAAAUUAAAAAGCCAAGAGAUUAUUCCUUUUCCAGGUACCAAAAUGAUGAGGAACCUUUUGUGUGUUCAUGUGAGUUUGUCUGAAAAUGACCUUUACCUUAUGACUUCCCAUUUGGAGAGCACCAGAGGACAUGCCAAGGAACGAAUGAGUCAGUUACAAAUAGUAUUAAAGAAAAUGCAAGAGGCUCCAGAGUCAGCCACGGUUAUAUUUGCAGGAGAUACAAACUUACGGGAUCAGGAAGUCACUAAAUGUGGUGGGUUACCUGACAACAUCUUGGAUGUGUGGGAGUUUUUGGGCAAACCUAAGCAUUGCCAGUACACUUGGGACACACAGAUGAACUCCAAUCUUGGAAUAUCUGCCGCUUGUAAGCUUCGUUUUGAUCGGAUAUUUUUCAGAGCAGCAGCAGAAGAGGGCCACAUUAUUCCCCGAAGUUUGGACCUCCUUGGGUUGGAGAAACUGGACUGUGGUAGAUUUCCUAGUGAUCACUGGGGUCUUCUAUGCAACUUAGAUGUGAUAUUGUGAAAUGUUUUCACAUGUGAGUUUAAAUGUUUUGAGUAGACUUCUGAACUUUUUGCAGGUAUCGUUUCUACCUAUCUGGAAAGGUAGGUUUCAUAUAGAGGAAUUAAUAUACUGGAAAAUUGUUUCAUAAAAAAAAGAUUUUAUAGAUUAUGUUCUCAGAAUUCUGAGUUAAAUAUUAAUGUCUGAGGCUGGGGAUAUAGCUCAAUUGGUAGAGUGCUUGUCUUGCAUGCAUGAGGUCCUGGGUUCAAUCCCUAGCACCACACACACACACACAGUAAUAAUAAUAAUAAUAAUAAUGUAUGUUUAAUGUAAACAUGCCUGUGUUCAGAAUGUGAGGUCAUUUAGUGAAAGGGCAUAAAUUCUGUGGGAGCUCUGUCAGUGUUCAUAGCUUCCAGAUGGAUUCCCACCAGGGGCCACCUUGUCUCGGGACUAACCUUUAUAGUGUUUUUCAAUCAGGCACCAAAAUAGUAAUAAUUUUUAAAAGUCACUGAAAGAAAAAACAGAUUACUUAGUUCCUGGACCUGGAUCUCUUAUCAUAUUUCACAAGUUUAGAUAAUCUCAAAAGAAAAAGCCACACUCCUCUGUUGUUAGUGACAGCUGUCCUGCAUCGAACUUAAAUAGUACAUAAUUUGUAAGCUAUAAAUGAAGUCUUAUGAUUUAAAAUUUCUUAACUUUUUUCUGAUUAAUGGUGUAGGUAUGUUGCUAACAAAGGCAAAAUUAGUCUUGAUAAUGAUUAAAAUCAGAUUUAUAACAGCAUGGAUCCUUUUUCCUAAGAGAAAAAUAAAUACAUAAAGAGAAAUAACCUUUUAGUUUUGCUACUUAUUGUAAAAUAGCUCUAUCUUAUAAGUGAAUUAAGAGUAUUUUUUUCUUUCUUUUUUUUUUAAGUUUAAAAUGUGCUUUAAAGUUUGUCUGUGUAUGUAUGUAGGGGGGUGACCCCAAGAGAAAUAUACUGUAAAUAAAGAAUUUUGUGUUUAUAGUUUAGUAUGUUUCUGUGUUCCCUAUUUCUGCCUCCACUGCUGUUACUUCGACCUUUUAUGAAAGAAAACAGCUUCCUUUGUUUCCUCCCCCUCAAGGAAUCAUCAAGAAUAAUUUUCUUUCUUAGAACAUAAAAAUGCCGUGGGAAAAACUAGAAUGAGAAGUUACAGGACCUAUUUUCAUCAGUGGUGCCAAAGUUAACUGAAACACCUAUUUGAUUGAUGUGAUGUUCCCUUUGCAAUGACUCUGGAAAGGAGUUUUACAUGUUAAUCACAAGUGAAAGUUGGUGUGUAAUAUUUUAGUAGCAUAUAUUAUGGAGUUAAUGGUUCAUUUCUGUGGGAAAAAAGAAUGGAUCUGGGAUAAAUUUCUUAUUCACUUGAUGAAAUUAAUUUAGAAGCAUAUCACAACUUUUUUUAAAAUGGUAAAAUGUGCUGUGUGGUAUAUUAA